AGACUGUACCAUCACCCAAUGGCAACUUGGCAACUUUAGUAUUUUCUUGAGUUUUCUUGAAUUCUUUUUUCUAUAAAUGCUGAGCUCGGCUGUAUUAAGAACGUCAAAGUCUCGGCACGACUUGCAUUCAUAAAUAUAAAAAAUUCCAAGAUAUUCUUGAAAAAAUGGCUGAGAAAAGCAAGAUUUUGAUUAUUGGAGGAACUGGGUACAUCGGAAAAUUCAUAGUUGAAGCGAGUGCAAAAUCUGGGCACCCCACUUUUGCUCUUGCUAGAGAGAGCACUAUUUCUGACCCUGUUAAGGGCAAAAUCAUUGAGGGCUUCAAGAAUUCUGGUGUCACAAUACUAAUUGGGGAUUUAUAUGAUCAUGAGAGCUUGGUAAAGGCUAUAAAGCAGGUGGAUGUUGUUAUAUCGACGGUGGGGCAACUUCAGUUGGCCGAUCAAACUAAGAUCAUUGCUGCCAUUAAAGAAGCAGGAAAUGUUAAGAGGUUCUUCCCCUCGGAGUUUGGCAAUGAUGUAGAUCGUACUCGAGCUGUAGAGCCAGCAAAGUCUACAUUUGCAGUCAAGGCCCAAAUCCGCAGAACAACUGAGGCAGAAGGGAUUCCUUACACCUAUGUAUCGUCCAACUACUUUGCUGGAUACUCUCUUCCGACAUUGGUACAGCCGGGAGUCACCGCUCCUCCAAGAGACAAAGUAAUCAUCCUAGGAGAUGGAAACCCCAAAGCUGUCUUCAAUUAUGAAGAAGAUAUUGGCACCUACACCAUCAAGACUGUGGAUGACCCGAGAACAUUGAACAAGAUCGUUUACAUCAAGCCUCCUAAGAACAUAUAUUCAUUCAAUGAACUCGUUGCCUUGUGGGAGAAAAAGAUCGGGAAAACUCUGGAGAAAGAGUAUGUUUCUGAGGAACAAGUUUUGAAACAAAUCCAAGAAGCUCCUAUCCCUCUCAAUAUCAUAAUAUCGAUCAACCAUUCAACCUUUGUGAAAGGAGACCAGACCUAUUUUGAGAUCGAGCCAUCAUUCGGGGUUGAGGCUUCGGAGCUCUAUCCAGAUGUCAAAUACACCACGGUAGAGGAGUACCUUGAUCGAUUUGUGUGAGAAUCGAGAAUUAUACCUUAAUAAACUAGUCUAAGAUGUGAACUUUUCUAUGAAGUGUUCCGUGUCUUUGAUUUUCAGUUGUUGAAUGACUUCGUUUUCUGAUGCUGUGAGUUUUCCUUGAAUAAAAAUGAGAUGUCAUUGUUCAA